AUGAGCAAAAGUUUUGAAAACAUAAUUAAUGUCUAACCUAAAAGAAUAGUAUCGCUUGAUGAAAUUACAUAAUAAGAAAUGCUAGGUAAAGGAUAGUUCGGAGUUGUUUAUAGAAUACUAUAUUAAGGAUAAACUUACGCAAUGAAGCAAAUUGUGAAAUAGACAUUAAUUAGACAUGGGAAAAUAAAUUCGGCUGUACUAGAACUCAAGAUCAUGUACUAAUUGGAUCAUGAAAACAUUAUGAAACUCAUAACUCAUUUUGAGGAUGAAAAUAAUGUUUACUUAAUCUUAGAAUAUAUUGAUGGAUCUAAUUUAUAUGACAUUUUAAAAAGAGACACUCGCCUUUAAGAAACCUAUGCCAUACAUUACUAUAGACAAAUAGUUUCUACUCUUAUUUAUUUACAUUCGAGACCUACACCAAUUUUGCAUAGGGACAUUAAGCCUGAAAACAUUUUAAUUACAAAAAAUAAUGCAAUCAAAUUGGCAGAUUUCGGUUCUGCAAAUUCCUUAGCGAAAGAUGAAUUAAGAUUUACAUUCGAAGGCACAUAUCUUUUCAUGGCACCUGAAAUAUAUUUGAAUAAAGGUUACACUUAAUGUGUAGAUAUAUGGAGUUUGGGUGUAUUGUUAUUUGAAAUAUUGGCUGGACAUUCUCCAUUUUUGAAUAAGGAAGAGGAGAAUUCUUUAAUGACACAUGAGAAAUAAACUGUAAUUAGAGAAAAUGUAUUAAAUGUUCGAAUACGAUUCCCAGACACAUUUCCUCCAUUGGCUAGAGAUUUAGUCAGAAAAAUAUUGAGAUUAGAACCACAAGACAGAUUGAGAUUAGAGGAAGUUCUUAAACACCCAUGGCUUUAAAAUGCCGAGGUUCUUGAGCAAUUACCAAUAGUCACUAAAAAUCCAUUAGAGAAUCUCGUCUCAUAAUAAAUAUCUAAAUUUUCAGAAUCUAGAAAAAAUAACAAUAAUCAUUUAAUCAGAAUAAGUGAACUUAAGAAAAGUAUCAAUGAAACCUAGAUCUAAAUAAUGAAAGGAGAAUUAGAGAAACAAUAAUUGAGUGAAAAAUUAAAGGAAUUAUAAGAAGUUAAUGAUGAUUAAACUCAAUCUCCGAAUUUAGUAAGUCCAGAGAAGAUAGUAAAAAUAGAGGAAAAAUAUAAUAGGUUGAAAAAGGAAAUCAAUCAAUUAUAAAAAGAAAUAAUUUAGAAUGAAAUGUUUAUUAAUAAAAAUGAGAUGUAAUAAUCAAAAUUGAAUCAUUAUAAAUCUAAAAUUGAAAAAUAAAAAGAAAUAAUUGAGAAAUUGGAAAGAGAACUAAUUCAAUUAGAUUAAAAGAAGAAAUUAGAAUAAAUCAAUUAAGAUAGAGAAUUACAAGAAUUCACUAAAUUAAAUAACAAUCGAAAUAUAGAACAAUCAACAUCGAAUAAUUCUCAAUACACCUCUUUAUUGAGGGAAACAAUUGAGAGAUUCAAGGAAUUUAUGAAUUUUUACAGGAAUAUCAAAUAGGAACCUGAAACUGAUUAUGAAUCAUAGGAAGACUAAUAAUGGAAAAAAGAAUAUUAUGCAAUUAAAAAAUCUUUAUAGGAGGAAUUUAAAUAAGAAUAAAAUUUACUUAUGAAAUUGGAAAAUGAAAAUCAAUAACUAAAAAUUAAAUUGGGACAAAUAGAAGCAUAAGAAUAACAAGUGUAAAAGGCUGAACAAAUAGUUACCAAUUUAAAAUAUGGAUGUGAUCUAAAAUAGAAUAGAAUUGAUGAACUAAAAAAAAUACAAUAAGAUUUGGAAAAUAAGAUAGAUUGUUUAAAUAGAUUUAUUGAAUAUAAUAAAAGUUCAUAAUGA